AUGACCGCGAAAAUAGCUGACGAGGUUUCUGCGUCUCUCAGCAGCGUUGUAGACAGUGUUCCUAAAGAUGUGUACACGGCGCAGGGGGGGCUGCCUUCACACAGCUCCAUUGUUUUUAAAGAAGAGGCUGUAGGAGAAGAAGAGCAUGAAGGGAAACCCGAUGAGAAUGAAGGCGGUGUUCUUCUGUUCGACGAGAAGAGCGCACCUGAGCUGCCUCUCCACGGCGACUUGGCGCAGUACGUGGCAACUUUACGCACGCACCCCGUGGCGUUCACCGGCAAGUUCUCUGUGGACUCCAGAGGUGCAGGGGGACCGUGGACGCCGGGGGACAUCAUCAACGUGGUCAGCGCGGACAUCGCCACCCCGGGCCCGGCCACUGUGUCUGGAUCGCCUCCAGCAUCUCCCGAUAUUUACGCAGGAAGAGCAGGAGGUGACGCAGCGGACGCGGGGGACGUUGCCAUGGCGCACGGCCAGCCGGACAUCAGCCACAUGUACGCGCCCCCUCACCCUCACCCGCACCCGCACCCGGCUCCUUCCUACUCCUGCAGCGGGGACAUCUACCAAGACCAGUCGGCAGGGAGCUACCUGGCAACGUCCACCUGCGCCGUGUCCUACCACCCGCCUCCGUCCUACAACUCCGCGCCCAAACCGACUGUGGACGGCGCCGCGCUGCUCUCCAUCAUGCCCGAGUACGGAGGCUUCUACCAGCAGAGCUGCCAGAGGGACAUCCAGACGGCUUUCCCGGAGAGGAAAUCCCUUUCGUACCCGCUGGACUCCCUCAGGGUUCCUCCGCCUCUCACGCCUCUCAACACCAUCAGGAACUUUACGCUCGGUGCGCCCUCGUCGGCCUCCGAAGGUCCGAUGGCCGCCGCCUUCCCCAGCCACCAGAACCUCCCUCUCAGGCCGAUCUUGAGACCCAGGAAGUACCCGAACCGACCGAGCAAGACGCCCGUCCACCAGAGGCCGUACCCGUGCCCAGCGGAGAGCUGCGACCGCAGGUUCUCCCGGUCGGACGAGCUGAGCCGGCACCUGCGCAUCCACACAGGGCACAAACCCUUCCAGUGCCGCAUCUGCAUGAGGAACUUCAGCCGCAGCGACCACCUCACCACCCACAUCCGCACUCACACCGGGGAGAAACCCUUCUCCUGCGACCAGUGCGGGAGGAAGUUCGCCCGGAGCGACGAGAGGAGGAGGCACAUGAAGAUUCACCUGCGGCAGAAGGAGAAAAAGUCCUCUGCGUCCUAAUCCUCACCGCGCUCGACCCCACGCUGCUGAAUGUAAACUUGAUGUGAACACGAGCUUUGGGCUCCACAUCCUGCCCCCCCAACCCCCUCCUCCCAGAUCCCAGACUUUAUCUUGUAGUUUAUUGCUCUCAGAAAAGCGAAGAAGCCAUAUCUUCAGAAUCAGGGAGUGUGUUUGAUUAUCCCUUCAUUAUUUAUCACAUCAGCUAAAACACGAAUCCUCACUCAUCCCUCUCUGGUCCAGAUUAUUACCACAAACGAUUUGCCACAUCAGAUCAAAGCUGGACGUUUUGGCGUUAAAUUCAGCGAAAUGUAAAGGGAGUUUGGUUUGUAGGACUGAAUGUGAAGCAUCAGGUGUCAGUGCUCUUUAAAACACAGUCGGUUACAGAAUGUGUGACAGAGAUGCUACAGCUCACAGCUUCAGAGCUCUGUGGCAAAGUGUUGUGUUCACGGUCUGUGCUUCAAGCUCUCAGGGAUUCAGUCACAGUUCAGGCUGCAAAGACGGAACCAAAAUCCUGCAAGUCAGCUGAAUCUGAGAGGCAGGAGGGUUUUUA